AUGGGCAAAGCUAUUUUAACGGGAAUUUUAAACGAUAUGAACGGAGUUAAUAAAAACAAUUAUUCAGUUUCUGAUACAUCGUUUAAGCCACAAAAAUUCAUCGCAUGUGUAUCAGGAGACGAAUCGGCUCAGAAGACGAUCAAGCUUUUUGGAGAAUCAGUUACAGUGGUGGCUGGGCAAAAUGUCAAAGGUGUCAGUGAAGCAGAUGUCGUGUUAUUAUGUACAAAACCUCAAAUAGCAAAAACAAUUUUAACCGACGUUGGUAUGGCAGAAGCGCUAGAAAACAAAUUAAUUAUUAGUAUUUUGGCUGGAAUUCAAGAAGGUAUGACAGUAAUAAACUGUCCCGCCAAUAUUAACGCUGAUGACAGAGCUUUCGCAAUGUGGGUAUUUUCUACAUUGGGUAGGGUGAGAGUUUUGGAUGAAAAGCAUAUGGAUCCUGCUACAGGUCUAUCAGGGAGUGGUCCAGCUUUUGCAUGUGUGGUGUUAGAAUCUCUUGCUGAUGGUGGUGUAAUGAUGGGACUUCCACGUGACGUUGCUCUAGAAUUAGCAGCUCAAGCACUUCAAGGUGCAGCACGUAUGGUUCUUAAAACUGGUAAACAUCCGGCCGAGAUCAAGGAUAGUGUUACAACUCCAGCAGGAUGCACAAUUGCUGGAUUACUAACAAUGGAAGAUGGCAAAAUUCGUUCUACAUUAGCAAGAGCUGUACAGGAAGCGGCCAAUGUUGCAUCUACGUUGGGAAAGGUUCAGGUUAACAAAUAA